AUGGCCGACGUCGAUUUGAGGUCAUCACAGACGAACCACAGCGCAGACCCACCCAAUAUGAUCCUGGCCGCGAAGCUCUUCCUCGCACCUUUGGGGAUAGGGAAGGGUGACUUUUCUAUUGAUCGAGCGAAGGUCUCUAGGGUUGUGGUACGUGGAGCCGACGUCGUUCCGGAAACACCACAGGGGAAUGCAAAGCACAAGGCAAACCCCCAGCGUGAUCCUCGCCGUGAAAAUCUUACUCUCACUCCAGAGUAG